CAAAUAAUUUGUAGAUAUAUAAGAUGGGAUCAGACAGGAGGAGAUCCCCUGACCGGGGUGGACGAGGUGGUCCCAUGAGAAACAACAGACGUAACGACAACCCAGGUGGACCCCGAAUGGUUCCCUACACUCCCAAGAGGAUCAAGGGUAGUUCCAAUAAGCGGUGUUAUGUUAACAACCUGCCUUACGAUCUCAAGUGGCAGCAGUUCAAAGACCACAUGAAAGAAGCUGGUAACGUUACAUUUGUGGAGUUGUUUGAAGACGAAGGUGGUAAGAGUAUGGGAUGUGGCCUGGUGGAGUACAGCACUCCCGAGGAAGCUAAGAAAGCUAUUGAGUCACUCAAUGAUUCCAAAGUCAACGGUCGCGAAGUCAAAGUUAAAGCUGACGAAGUAAGGUUCUACCCCAAAAUUCCUGACCCAAUUGGACCCCCUCCUCAAAUGGGUGGACAUGGACAUGGGCAUGGGCACGGACACGGUCAUGGUCCGAUGGGACCUGGGCCAAUGGGUCCCGGGCCAAUGCAUCCCAUGGAUAUGGGGCCUCCUCCUAUGCAACAACAAGCUGUCAGCAACGUUGUCUUCGUUAGCAACCUGGCCUACGAGAUCACACCCAAGUUCCUGCGCGACCAGUUCCGUGGAGCAGGCGAGAUACUGCGAGUAAAUCUGGAGCGAGACAAGGAAGGAAAGAGCAAAGGGUUCGGAACGGUCACGUACGCUUACCCUGACAUGGCGCUCAGAUGUAUUGACAUGUUUAAUCAGAAGAGUAUCAAGGGACGCAGACUUAGUGUUCGACUGGACAAGUUGACUUCAGUCAGUGUACCGGGUCCUGGUCCAGGUCCUGGUCAUGGUCAUGGUCACCACAUGGGUCCAGGACCAAUGGGUCCAGGUCCUAUGGGUCCUGGACAUGGCCCAAUGGGUCCAUCCUCGAUGGGACCAGGUCCAAUGAACCAUGGUCAUGGUCACGGACCCAACCCGAUGGGACCGAGCCCAAUGGGAAGUUCACACCAAAUGGGGCCAGGACCAGUAGGUCACGGCUCGGGGAGUAUGGGACCCAGCAGUGGUUCAGGAGGUCCUGGACCUGUUGACCAGCCUAGUGGGUACGGACAACAGUCUGGAGGUUACGGAGCUAGUCCUGCUGCUGGAUCUGACCAGCAGUCUAAACUACUACAGAGUAUUGGACUCGCAGCUAUCAGCUCCAUGCUAGGAGGCACAGCUAACCCCAUGUUAUCCAACUUGAUCAAUAGUGCGGGAGCUGCUGACGUCAGGGGUGGUUCCUCUAGUGCUCUAGAGAACCUUCUAGGAAGAGAUACCAUGGAAGGUCUACUGAAGACGCAAAGUGUAGGAGGAUCAGCAGGUGGAGGUGGAGGUGGAAGUGGUGGAACUAGCGGUGGUGGUGGAGGUGGUGGUUAUGGUGCUAGCUACUCUUCUAGCACCCCUUACGAGUCCUCUUCCCGAUCAGAACAUAAGGACUACUCCAGCAGUGGUCGGGAUCGUGAGGAGAGGAGAUCAGACCCGUACGGAGAGGCCAGGAGCUCUGGUAGACACAGUCCUGAUCGGUACAGCAACAAGUACCGAGAACAAGUCUCCUCUAAAAACCAGAUAUUUGUCAAAAACAUUCCCUUUAACAUUGGAACGCAACAACUCCGAGAUUACUUUAGACAUUGUGGUCACAUAGUUGAUUGCUCCAUUUUGAUGGAAAAGGAUGGUCGUAGCCGAGGGUGCGGCACUAUUAGAUUUGAAAGUGCAAGCGAUUGCGAGCGUGCAGUCAAUAUGUUCCACAGAUCCAACUACAAGGUCGAGAGAUCGAGGUCAGGCUUGACAUUAGAUCUAGAUAGCAUCUAG